AUGAGGGCGCUCCGGUAUAUCUCAACCAAACGCACGACCUCGAUCCUUCCCUCCCUUCACAUAAUAUUGUUGUCUUUUCACUUCCACUUCAUGGACAACGUGGCUCUAAACUUCCACGGGCUCGGCAGAUCAACUCGGCCGGUGACUCUGUCGGAGGACCAGCUCCAUCAGAUCUUCAUGCAGUUCGACGCCAACUGUGACAAGCGGCUUUGCAAGGAAGAGCUCAAGAGAGCCUUCAGCCAACUGGGCGCCAUCAUCCCAGGUUACAGGGCCCGCCGCUGUUAA